AAAAAAAACUCAUUGAAGACAUCCGAGAAAUGGAGUUUUAAUUUUUGUUAAUGGAUUUUGAUUGUAGUUCUGUAGAUUUAUCAGCCCCAGCAGUCUUGUCUGCGAAAACCAACCUGGGCAGAGUUGCAAUAUGGUCACUAUAAACCCGCUAGAUUCCAUUACAGUCUUCGUCUCAAAUCUCCAUUACAGAAGCCCAGCAGAUCAUUCAAAUCCAUUUUUGAUGUCGUGGUAAGAAUCCCAUUCUCUCUCCCUUUUUUUUCUUUUAUCGCUUCUGGAUAUAUUCACCGAAAGAAAAUAUGCACAACACUUACUGUAGCUCAGCUAUGUCCCUUAGGAGCGAGAUGUCUCUUUCUUUUUCGUUCAAUGAUUACCGUUACUUCUUGAAUGAAAGAAUUGAGAAAUCUUUGUACCCUCCUUGUACCUGCUGUGCUUUAUCAAUCCAUGGAGUGCCCAUAUAUCCUAGAGUUUUAUAUGGGUUGAGGCAGUCUUCCCUGGUUCAUUGCUCGGUUUCUAGAAGGCUCAUCUUAGUUGGUUUGCCCCUUUGUGAUCUUGGUCGAGGCUGCUAUGGAGUUUCCUGCUCUCUUAAAGAGAGCAGUGUUUGUAGGAGGAGGAGGAGGAGGAGAGAUGGGAGGUUUGGUUGUAUGGUUUGGGAGGAGAAGAGUGAGAAUUGUGAUUCAGGUAUUGAUGGAAGUGCUGAAGCAAUGCUCAGCUUGUUGACUGAAGAACUCAGUGAGAAUUUUGUUGGUCGAUCAGCAGCAAAGCGAAACCCGGUGGAGAAGAGAGGAAGAGUAGUUGAUGAAUGUUAUAGGAAAGAAAAGGAGUGUGUUCAUCCUAAAUCGUUGCAGAGGAAUUCUAUCACAGUUAAGUCUAGGGAAAAUUUUCAUAAGCAGUCAGGGUCAGGAAGGAGUGAAGCUUCUUCAAGAACUGAAAAUGAUGGGCUUAGAAGAGAAGGUCCCCGCUGCUCAUCAUACUACUCAGUGUCAUCUUCUGAUGAUGUUGAGAGGGAUACCGAUGGUCAGGUUAAACAUGUAGAGUUUGUUGGGGAAUCUUCAAGUGGUUAUUCAGAGAAGGAAUCAAGAAGUAGCAGAGAGGAUGUUCUUGGAGUGGAUGUCAGAAAACAGUUUGAGAGGUAUGAUAAAGAUGUAGGCAAAUACAGGGAAAUCUCAAGACAGAGAAAUGCUGCAGGGUCUGCAGUCAGAUCAGCUACAUUGAGGAGCGGUCAUAAAUGGAAUUUAAGAAGCAAGGCAGAAAACAAGAUUACUGAGGUAUCUGUUGGGCCAGUAGAAUCAAGGGAAGGGUCUUCACAGAGGUUCUCCAGAAAAUGUGAUGUUAAAGAGAGCGACACGAAAAUGGUUGCUAGUCAUGAGAUGCGAUUCAGUGGUAGGGAAGAGAAUUCAACUUCAGCUGUGAAUUUGGUCAAGGGAACAACGGAGAGUAAUAGCCAAAGAGGUCUCAUGGUUCAUGAACAUGCAGAAUCAAGAAGAAAAUCCCAACAAGUUCAAAAUAUGUCAGAGAUCCAUGCAAUUGAUUUUCAGAGGGCCUCCAGUUCCCGAAAGCAAUUCAGUGACAAAGAAGAGAACUUAACUUCUGCUGUCAAUUUGGUUCAGGAAACUGGAGAGGGGAAUAGACAAACAGUUGAUGAAACUAUUGAAAGAACCGACUUAGGAAGAAAAUCACAUCAGCUGACCAAAGUUUCAAAGGAUAGUAACACUGAAAGUGCUUACACUUCACAGAUGCUGUUUGGAACCGGAAUGAAUGUCAGGGAAGAACAUUCAACUUCAUUUCAGAGUUCCAUUCAGAGGUCCGAAGACCAACAGAGCCAAAUAUAUCAAGGAGUUAAUGUGAAAAAUGAAUUAAGAAAAGAAUCUCAGGAUCUAAAAAAUAUGUCAGAUAUGACUGCUGGUGCUACUGAAACCACCACCACCACUUCACAAACACUUUCUGGAAUAAGAGUGAGUGGCAGAGAAAGAAAUUCAGCUUCAGUUUUGGUGGAUCUGGUUCAUGAAGGGAGACAAGAUGGUAGCUUAUUUGGAGAAAGAAUCAUUGAACAAGUUGGACCAAGAAAAGAGUCUUCAAGGCCAGUGAAAGAUUCAAGUUUCCCCAGGAGCACCAUCGAAAUGGCCUCUAGCUCCAAGACGCCAUUUCAUUCAAUUCCACAAGCAAGAGUGCAACAUAUGGGUGUAUCAACAGAAGAUGACAGGAAUUCAAAGAUUAUGCUGGUGCCACCUCCACCUCAAUUGGUAGGUGUGAGAACUGGGAAUGCAAGAAUUCAGACUUCUGGUGAGUUCUCAGAAAGUAUUUCUAGCUCUUUGUUUACACAUCCACCAACACAAAAUCCAGCUUCCCCCUGUGAAGUUAAUGUUGAAACUAGAACUGAUGAGACUUUUGGAGAGCAUCCAAUUCUUGUGCUCCAUGAUGAUGCAUUGGGUUCAGCUAAUCAUUUUGAGAGGUCCUCCAGUCAGUUCGUUGGUGAGUUCUUGGAGAAGGUCCAAGAUGAAAUGUUGACAUCCGAGAUCCAGAAGGAAAGAACUUCUUCUGAACCUGUGUCAGUGUAUAAAGACAUGAAAUAUAUACAGCAGGGUCCUAGCCAACACAUAUCUCAAGGCUUGCAGUUAAAGAGGCCUGGUUCAAGGCCGUCAUCUGACGUCUCUGGAUCAAAGGGACCCCCAGAUGAAAUGUGGGAUGUCAAGGACCCAUCUUUGCAGGAUUCCUCUUGGAGACAAGCACCCGAGGAAGGCACUUCCACGUCUGGGAGUACCAUUGUCAGGAGAACCAGCAGGUCCUUCUGGAGUAUUGUUCGAGACGUGGUUCAAAUGCGAUGGGGUACCCAUUCUGAAACUAGUAAUUCAGCUCUAAAAUCAGGUAGGAGGAGUUCAUCAAAUGUGUCUUUUAGCAGUGAGGCAUGGUUCUCUGGGCGCGAGCCAGAUGAGAAUGAUGAUGAGGAUGUCAGAAAUCGACAAAGAGGCAUCCCAAAGGAACCAAUAUCUGUUGAUCAACCCCAACUAGGUAAAGCUUCAACUCAAAGCCAAACAGAAGCUUCGGAAGCAACAAUUUCCCAGGACAGAAUAGCCAACAUUGAAGCUGAUACUUCAUCCUGUUCUGGUGCCUUAGAAAGUGGUGUUACAUGCCAAGGUCCUUCUUUGGCAUCUGGAGAGGUGAGAUCUGGUGGGAAAGAAACCAGAGGGAGGGAUCAAGGCAUUCCUUCCACUAUUGCCCCUGUGGACUCAUCAUUACCAUUGCCUGCUAGACGCUUCAUAAGAUCUCCAGUCAUAGAACGGAUACCAGAGAACAGUAGAUCUGAGGUGUCUAGAAUUGAUGAUCAACCCCAACUAGGUAAAGCUUCAACUCAAAUCCAAACAGAAGCUUCUGAAGCAACAAUUUCCCAGGACAGAAUAGCCAACAUUGAAGCUGAUACUUCAUCCUGUUCUGGUGCCUUAGAAAGUGGUGUUACAUGCCAAGGUCCUUCUUUGGCAUCUGGAGAGGUGAGAUCUGGUGGGAAAGAAACCAGAGGGAGGGAUCAAGGCAUUCCUUCCACUAUUGCCCCUGUGGACUCAUCAUUACCAUUGCCUGCUAGACGCUUCAUAAGAUCUCCAGUCAUAGAACGGAUACCAGAGAACAGUAGAUCUGAGGUGUCUAGAAUUGAUGAUCAACCCCAACUAGGUAAAGCUUCAACUCAAAUCCAAACAGAAGCUUCUGAAGCAACAAUUUCCGAGGACAGAAUAGCCGACAUUGAAGCUGGUACUGCAUCCUAUUCUGGUGCCUUAGAAAGUGGUAUAACAUGCCAAGGUUCUUCUUUGGCGUCUGGAGUUGAGAGAUCUGGUUGGAAAGAAGCAGGAGGGAGAGAUCAAGGCAUUCCUUCCACUAUUGCGCCAGUGGACUCAUCAUUACCAUUGCCUGCUAGACGCUUCAUAAGAUCUCCAGUCAUAGAACGGAUACCAGAGAGCAGUAAAGCCGAGUUGUCUAGAAGUGAUGUCAAGGAACAUAUGGAGCAACCCGUGAGGAAGAGGUUAACUGAAGUCCAUGGAACUGAUGGAAAGGAUGGUGAACUGAAAAGGAGGGAGUUCCAGCGGAAUAAGCAGGUACUAAAAGAUGGAUUUGAUGAAUGGGAAAAAGCGUAUAUGUUAGAAACUGAACAGAGAAAAGUUGAUAGAAUGUUCAUGAGAGAAGCACUGUUGGAAGCCCAGAGGGCUGCCGACAUUUGGGAAGUACCUGUUGGUGCUGUGUUGGUGAGAAAUGGAGAAAUUAUUGCUCGUGGCUGCAAUUUAGUGGAGGAAUUAAGAGAUUCGACUGCCCAUGCAGAAAUGAUUUGUAUAAGGGAGGCUUCUAACCAACUCCGGACUUGGAGACUUUCGGAUACAACUCUUUAUGUAACACUUGAACCCUGUGCAAUGUGUGCUGGAGCAAUUCUUCAAUCUAGAAUUGAUACUGUGGUAUGGGGAGCUCCCAACAAGCUUCUAGGUGCUGAUGGCAGCUGGGUUAGGCUAUUCCCUAGCGGGGGUGAAGGAGGAAGUAGUUCAGAUCUGACGAAUCAGCCUUCUGGGCCAAUCCACCCAUUUCAUCCAAAGAUUAUGAUCCGGCGAGGAGUCUUGGAGACAGACUGUGCAGAGGUGAUGCAACAGUUUUUCCAUUUGAGGAGGAUGAAAAAAGAGAAGAAACCAGAGGAACCACAGCCUUCACACUUCCGUCUUUCAACCCAUUCACCAAAAUUCCUUUCCAAGAUACAUGAUAUGUUUGGCAUCAUGUUCUGCUUGUACUGAUAAGAAAGAUGGCUUCUUCUUUCCCUUAAAACUGUAAUAUUGUGUUGGAAAUGAUAUUCUUCUAUAUCAUUUAAUUUAGAAUUUUUGUUUUGGUUUGUUUGACA